AUGAAUAUGCUCAUUCUCGAUCAACCACAUAUGGAUUAUUCCCAACCACAACAAACAUCAGCAUAUAAUGCACCUGCAAUUUAUCUUCAAGACUUUCGUUCUGAACCUUGUCAAGUAUGCGGUGAAAAUGCUAGUGGAUGGCAUUGUGGAUCGAUAACAUGUGAAGCAUGUAAAAAGUUCUUCCUUCGAUCAGUCAAUGAAGAAUAUCGAAAAUAUAAAUGUAUAAGAGACAAGAAAUGUAUUAUUACACGUACUACACGAACCCAAUGUCAAUAUUGUCGUUAUAUGAAAUGUAUUGAAGUUGGGAUGAAAUUAUCGGAAGGAGCGCCGAAUCCAAAAAUCGAGGAGAUUUUUAAGUUAGUACCAUGUGCUGUAUGCCAAAGGCCAUCAUCUGGAAUUCAUUUUGGUGCUACAACAUGUGAAGGUUGUAAGGGUUUCUUUCGUCGUACUAUUAAAGAACGUACACCACAACGUUACAAAUGCCCUGAAAAUUACAAUUGUGAAGUGAACAGCUCGACACGAAGUGCAUGUCGUGCAUGUCGGUUUCAAAAAUGUCUUGCAGCAGGAAUGUCAAUCGAAGGUUCUCGUAUUGGGCGACAAUCAAAUUUAUUCAAGCAUAAAAUGGUCGAAUUACAACGGCGAGGGCUGAUUCGAUCACAAAUACGUAAUAUUAUUGCAACAAAUACAAAUAAUUAUCAUUUAAAUUCAUCCAAUCGUACGAAUAAUCAUUCAGCAAGAAAAAAGAAUACAGGCAAUGCGAUACAUAACACUCCAGAUCUAACAUCAUAUGUUGAACCAACUGUUGGUCUAUGCCUAGAAGAUAAACUGGAAUCGUACAUGUUUCAACAGAUCGUACAAAUCGAAGAUGCUUAUAUGAAUUGUUUAAAAGAUCUUCCAUUUUGUUCGAAUGAAACAAAUGAUUUAUGGUUUUCAUGUGAAUCUCAAUUAAAUGAAUACACAGCAAGAGUUGGCGAUUUUGCUUUAAGAAUUCCCGAGUUUUGUUCGCUUACCGCUGAUGAUAAAACUCUACUUAUUCACUCAUCAACACAUUCAGUUAUCGUUGCAUGUCUUUGUUUUCAGGCAUCUCGAUUUCGUUCAUUAACCAAUGAUUCACAAUGGAAUUAUUUAAAUAUUCUAACAAAUUGUUCAUUUGGUCAAAGUUUACAACAAAAUUUUCCAUUCUUUUUUGAUUUAAAUCAAAUAACAUAUUCAUUUGAACGGGAAAUUCAACUAUUAGAACUCGACGAUAGAGAAAUAGCUUUGAUGAUUGUUUUGCUUAUUGCUUCCAUUGCAAAUAGUAAACUAAAUGAGACUGAAAAAAUAGAAAAAAUACAAGAAGAUUUCUUCUGUGCUCUAUAUGAUUAUAUGUCUGCUAAACGUGGUAUUGAUAGUAAAGAUUAUUUUAUUUUAACAAUUCAAAUUCCAUUAAUUCAUCGUAUUAAUAGUAUUAUAUCAACAAAUAUAGUAAAUUUUAAAUGUUCAUUAUCUUACAAUGCAACAGCUACGUAA